AUGAGCCAACCUAUUAAUGUACUUCGUCAAGAAAAUCAAACAUUUCCAUAACUGAAAUAAAAAAAAAAUUGUUGUUCUGCUCACGUUGAACGUCAAAUUUCUGUGUACUUGUAAGUAGUGACAGGACGAAGUGACGGACAGGACACGUAAACAGUAGAAUCGAUAUUAGGAUGAAAUCGGAACUUAAUUAGGAAAUUUUAAUUUUAUCAUUAUGAUUUUGUAAAUAGUGCCCAUCUAGUGUAAUAGUACAAUGGCUAGUCCCAGGACUCGUCGGAUUUUACAGGAAUUAAAACCUCGUGAUGAAAACGAUAAAUGUUUCGAGUGUGGUACCCAUAACCCCCAAUGGGUCUCUGUAACAUAUGGAAUAUGGAUAUGUUUAGAAUGUUCAGGGAAACACCGAAGCUUAGGAGUCCAUCUAUCGUUUGUUCGGUCCGUUACCAUGGACAAAUGGAAAGAUAUAGAACUUGAGAAAAUGAAAGUUGGAGGUAAUAGAAAUGCAAGGGUUUUUCUUGAAGCUCAACCAGAUUACGAUGAUACUAUGCCAAUUACGCAGAAGUAUAACACUAAGGCUGCCGCGCUUUAUCGAGAUAAAAUUUCUGCUCUUGCUCAAGGUAAAAGUUGGGAUAUUAAGAAGUCCCCUGCUCAGAAUUACUCUCCAGGCCUUGUAACAUCAACAUCAAGCCCAAACUUACGUAAAAGUGACUCGAACAAUUCUGUAUCUAAUGUUUAUCAAAAUUCAUACGACACUUAUCAAGGGGGAUACCAAAACUCCAAUUCCAGUGAUAUUAAAGAUCAGAAAGAUGCGUUCUUCUCUAGAAUCCAAGCAGAAAAUGCUAAUAGAAGAAGUGAUUUACCGCCUUCUCAAGGAGGAAAAUAUAGUGGAUUUGGUUAUACAAUGGAAGCUCCUCCCAGAAGCCAGUCUCAAGAGUUUGUUGAUACUGCAAUUUCCUCUUUAGCCAGUGGUUGGUCUUUCCUAUCUUCAUCUGCAACUAAAAUAGCAAGUAGAGCAACAGAAAACGCUGUUAAAUAUGGAGGUUUAGCAACUCAAAAAGUAGUCGAUAUUGGCACACAUGUUGGUGAGAAAGUGAGAGAAGGCAGUUUGCUGGAGGAUAUGGGAACUCAAGUCAAUAGAUUAGCGCACAAAAUGGGAGAACUCGGUAAAAAUAGUUGGAAAGAUGUCUCAGGUAAUGAUACAAAUAAUGAUUUUUAUGCAGGAAAUUAUGGUCAAGUCAACGGCAGCAAUGUCUCGUCACCCGGUGAGAAUUCUUCCCUUUUCGGUAGCGGUAACUUGAAGGAUGACAAUUGGAGUUGCGGUAGUCAACAAGGAUCCAAAGCUUCUAGCCCGAAGAGCGGAGAAUGGGAUGGGUGGAAGUACCAAAAUGAAGAACAUCAAAGUUAUCAGUCUGGUUUCGGAGAGUUCCAAAGUAAUGUGAAAUCCCCUUCGGAGUCCCAGAAAUCUUUGAAGAGUGACAAAAAUAAGGAAAAGGAGAAGAAGAAGGGUCAAUGGAAUGAUCAAUGGGGGGACGAUGAACUAUGGGAGAGCUUGAAUAAGUGAAUUUACUUCGUCUGAAAUUAUUGCAUUUAUUAGAAUUAUUCCAAAUCUGUGUAAUUAAUAGACAAUAUAUAACUUAUAUGUGAACAUCAAUUUUAUAUGUUUAUGAUUAUUUACCUACAUUUCAUAUUUUCUACCAACAAAUCAUGUAGGUUCUUAUGUUGGUUAUGAUUCUGAAGAAAUAAUUUAUAUCGUUAGUUAUUUGAAUAAAUCGAAAGAGAAAUUUAUUGUUUUGAUGAAAUCAUUAUUUUAUUCUUGUGUCAACUAUUUUUAAUAAUGUAUAAAUUGAAGAAAAAUGAGAUUAUAGCUGAAUAAAUACUGAAAUU